GGAGGAGGUAGGAUGUGACACCGCCUUCCUCACACUGGUGGUGGUGACGCGUGGCAUCGGGAGACGUUUGGUCAGCCUGUGUGUGUGUGUGUUUGUGCAUGUGUGUCAUGAAAAACCCAUUUGGCGAGCAACAAAUAGCGCCAGAGAUGUGAUUCCGCUGGAGUUGUGGACACGCGCUUCAGUGGCUGCAACAGGAGAGGACGCACGGCCGCGCGGAGUCAUCUGUUGAUCGGGAUCGACGGCUGGAGAAUCUGGAGAAUUCGAAGCGCAUUGUUGUCAUGAGCCGCCGCGCUCGCACUCACAGUCCCACUUGUUGGUCACACCCUGACAUCACUCCUGUUUUACAUGUCAACACGACGAUGUGGAAACAACAGGAAACCAGAAACCUAACUACAAACAUGUGCCACACGUGUUGUUCUUAUUAAAGGGGGUGAAAUUUGUGGAGAGUGAAAUGAUCCCAAAGUCAGGAAAAUCUCCAGCAGACUCACGGAAAAGCGUCGGCAUCCAUGAGUUUGCAGCACUCGCCAGAUCAUCCUUAAAUGGCAUCUCACAGGCAGUGAGAGACCAUGUGACAAAGCCAACCUCCCUGGCUCAGGGCCGGGUCGCUCAUCUCAUUGAAUGGAAAGGUUGGCCCAAACCUGCAGACCCUCAACCUGCCACGCACUCCCACUUCAGCUCCUACUGCCAUCUGACUGAAGGAGAGAAGGAGGCCCGCUUUGCUGCAGGAGUGGCCGAGCAGUUUGCCAUCGCUGAGGCCAAGCUGCGUGCUUGGGCGUCUAUGGACGAUGACGAGGAGGAAGACUCCAAUGACGAAGACUCUCACAACAACGGACAGGCUCACGCCUUCUCCUAUCAGAACUCAGACACCACCACGUCCAAUCGUAUUGCAGCACAGCCAUGUCAGUCUGAGGCUGAUGGCAGUGAGGCGCCACACUCCGACGGCCCCCUGGGCCCGAGCAUAAGCAGCAGCGGCAGCAGCAGCAGCAGCAGCAGCAGCAGCAGCAGUUGUAUCCCUGCUUCUCUUAGUGACCCACAUUCCUCUCAGGCCAGUUCACCCACUAUACCCAGUGAAUACAUGAGUCCAUUCCUGGAGGAAGAGGUGAGGCUGAGCGGUGACGGGGAGCAGCCGGCUCCUUUACAGGGGCAACGCAACGAGGUCAGCGUCCACCACAAGCCUGAAUGGAGGCCUCCGUGCAGCAGGAGUAGCAGGUUUGACUCCUGCUACUCCACCUCUCAUUCCGAGUCUCCUGGAGAGGAGGACGAGGAGGAUGAGGAUGAGGAAGGUAGCGUGUUUCAGGAGGUCCGGGUGUGGCACUGCAGGAGCUUCUUCUCCGACCACACUUCUUCCGGAGUGGCCUCAUUCGACGAGGAGGGGGAGGAGAGGGAUGAGGUGGAGAAGAAGGAAGAAAAAGAGUAUUUGAUGUGAUGUGUUUUAUGUCUCUUUGGGUGUUGAUUCUGGAUAUGACAUCAUCUAUCCUGCUUUCAGUGUAAACCCCUCUCCAGCUCCUUUCCUUCAUCUAGUCAUGCCUCCUCCACUCACUGCCUUCUGUCUCAGCCUCCAGGGCCUUUCAUGCACUGAUCUCGCUCCACUGUCUAUUGCUGCUGUGCACAUUACAUAUAUUAGUUGAGGUCAAACAGAAUGUAAAUCUGUUGUUGAAAAUGAGUUUUGUAAACAUUUGUGUGGUGUGUUGCUAAUGCAUUGGUUUUCUAUAGAUAUUUUGUAGUGUUGUUUUACUCUGGGUCAUGCCGUGUCACGUGGGUCGGGUUAUGUUUGAUACUAAAUGUCCCUUUUUUCUUUUUUUUUACAGAAAUGUCUGUCAUUUAUAUUUCGCACAAACACAAACUAAACAUGAAUCGUGUGAAACGGUCUCUCAAUCUCGUUUCUUAAAAGGUCUCUUUAAUUUAUUCAUUCGCUCAUGUACAAAAUCAAUUUCAUGUCCUCUCAAAAAUAACAAUGGCUGUUGGAUUUCAAAUGCAUAAUAAUUGUCCUCUGUACAGAGCAUGUGCGUAAAUCUCAUCCAGGUAUUUCCAUAUGUACAAAGCAUAUACAGGCCAGUGCCAUAUAAAGGGAGAUACUACAGACUUAUUGCUCAACUAAAUACGCAGCAAAUUAGUUUAUACACUCUACAUUUAACCCAUUACGUUAUAUGACGAGCACUAAUUCACAUUCUAUUUGCAAACAAAAGAGUGAAGACGGGAAUAAAUCAUUGCACAUAAUGUGUCACAAGGAAAGAAAUGAGCUUGAGUAAAACCAAAAUACAAUUUGAAAGUCGUAACAAGGUCUCUCUCUCUCUCUCACACACACACACACACACACAGAUCUACAACUGUUUUUUGGACUGUGGGCUAUCGCUGUGCUUCACAGCCGUUACUUUUCCUCGAUGUUGCAUUCAGGGGCCAGUCUGAAUUAAAUGUCCUCUGUCGUACAGAUAUA